GAUAGCGACACAUUCCCCGCUGUUGCCCCUUUCCUCGUCAAAGUUUGAAUUGAUUCCGAGCAUCGAAGUGUAUGGUACAUAUAAUAGUGUAUUAAUGGUCAUGUUUAAGGGUAAUUAAUUGUUUUUAUAUAUCUGUUUUUUGAACACGAAUGUUCAAAAGAAGAAUAAAUAUAAUCCCAAAAAUAAUAUUUUGUAAAAGAAAAUAAAUCAUAAUGACGAAAGACGAGACUUUGGACAAAAAAUCAGUAGAAAACAAUGAUACUGAUAAAAAAGCUAUAUCUGAAAGUGGUCCAGAUCCAUCAGCACCGAUAACUCGAAGAGGAGUACUGACAUCAUUUUUAACUGGCAAACCUAUGGAAAUACCAGAACAAGAUAUUUUGGGUAAAUGUAGAUUUGUGUCUGAAUUUGAAAAAUUAAAUCGUAUAGGAGAAGGCACAUAUGGUAUCGUUUAUCGAGCAAGAGAUACUAAAAAUGAUAAAGUUGUAGCUCUAAAGAAGGUUCGAAUGGAGCAUGAGAAAGAUGGUUUACCAGUUAGCGGCUUAAGAGAAAUAUCAGUACUUUUAUCGUGUCGUCAUGAAAAUAUAGUACACUUAAGAGAAGUAGUUGUAGGAAGAAGCUUAGAAAGCAUAUUUCUUGCUAUGGAAUAUUGUGAACAAGACUUGGCAAGUUUAUUAGAUAACAUGCAAGCCCCAUUUUCAGAAAGUCAAGUCAAAUGUAUUGUUUUGCAAGUACUAAAGGGUUUACGUUAUCUGCAUCACAAUUUUAUUGUACACAGAGACCUGAAAGUGUCAAAUCUUCUAAUGACUGAUAAAGGAUGUGUAAAAAUUGCUGAUUUUGGAUUAGCUAGGUGGUUUGGUUUACCUUUAAAACCAAUGACACCAAGAGUAGUAACAUUAUGGUAUAGAGCACCAGAAUUAUUGUUACAAGCAAAAACUCAAACAACUUCUGUCGAUAUGUGGGCUGCUGGAUGUAUCUUGGGGGAAUUACUUGGACAUCGACCUUUAUUACCUGGACGAUCGGAAAUUGCGCAACUGGAAUUGAUCGUUGACUUAUUGGGUACUCCAAGUGAAGCAAUUUGGCCAGAAUUUAAUACACUUCCAGCAUUACAAAACUUUACAUUGAAGCAACAACCAUAUAAUAAUUUAAAACAGAGAUUUCCAUGGUUAAGUGCUGCCGGUUUAAGAUUAUUAAAUUUCUUAUUUAUGUAUGAUCCAAAGAAAAGAGCUACUGCAGAAGAAUGUUUACAAAGCAGUUAUUUUAAAGAAGCCCCUUUACCAUGUGAUCCUAAGCUUAUGCCUACAUUCCCGCAACACAGAAAUAUGAAAAAAGCUGCUCCGACAAAGGAAACUAGAGAACCAGAGACAAAUGUUACAGAUCAGACUAAUAAUUUGCCUGCAAUUUCAGAUCUUCUUGGAUCGCUUGUUAAGAAGAGACGAGUUGAAUGAACUUUAAAACUUUCUCUACCCUCGUUGGUACAAGGCCCUUCACCCAACAUACAUUUAAUGUAAUUGGUAAGAACACGUCCAUUUUGAAGUAUCCUAUCAACGUCGACGUCGUCGUAUUUACUUGGAUAUUUUUCAACUGCUACACAACUUGUUACAAUUAAGCUGAAUAGCAGAAAGUAAACUUUCAUGUUGUGGCGAAUAUGUCUUUACCAAUUCUUAACUUGAAAAAAUAAAAAUGGGGUACAGCAGCAGCAGCAGCAGCAGCAGAAAUAAUUAGAAAUUAUUCUAUGGAAUUACGAUAACAAAACAAGAAAGACCGAAUGAAUUCUCUUUGAAAAGUAUCCUCCAGCGUGGAAAGUAAAAUGCUGUUUGUAACCGUCGAGUAAGCUACCGAAUUAUAUAUGUAGCUGAACGCAGAGGAUAUUGGGGGGAGUGGAUAUACAUGUUACUCGAGGAUAUUGUAUAUGUACGUAUUUUUAAACGAUCCUUGUCAAACGACGUUAUUAAGAUACAAAGAAUAGGUGUUCAUUGAAAAGGUAACAAAUGUAUUUGAUUUAUUUCGAAUUAAUUAAUGUGUAAUGUAUUACAACGAGUACUUUUGGCUGAAUGGAAAUAAAAUAGUGGUUUGAAU